AUAAUAAUAAUAAUAAUAAUAAUAAUAAUAAAUGGAGGGUGAAAUUCCAAAAUACGUGUUUUUUAACGAGGAGGAAAAAAAAUUGGCGGAUAAAUAUUUCCCGACAUUUAAGAGAGGUUUCAUAAGAAUUGGCGAAAAAAAAUGGACCAUAUCCUACAGAUAUAUCGAGCAAGGAGACACAGUGUAUAAUGCAAAGCCUCGUCCAGAUGAUACUUGGGUCGUCAGUUAUCCACGAUCAGGUACCACGUUGACAUUGGAACUGGUUUGGUUGGUUGUGAACGACAUGAACUUCGACGAAGCAAAGAAACGAAGCCUACAUCAUAGAUUUCCAUUUUUCGAACUUGACAUAUUGAUAGGCGAUUACGAAGACAGUGUAUCGAAUCCAUCGGAUAAAAAUAUAAGAUUGAAUCCAGAAUUCAUCAAUAAAUUACCAUCUCCAAGAUUCAUCAAAUCUCAUAUGCCAUUCGAAUUGUUACCUAAUCUUUUGGAUAGCGAUUGCAAGAUCGUUUACGUGGCACGUAAUCCAAAAGAUGUGGUGGUGUCUUGGUAUCACUUUCUACAAGUUAUUAAGGGAUUAGAAUUUCAGGGAAAUUUCGAGGAAUUUUGCGAAUACUUUAUGAAGGAUUUAACUUAUUACAAUCCCUAUUGGACGCAUUUGAAGGAUGCCUGGGCUGAGAGACAUCGUCCGAACUUACUAUUCAUAUUCUACGAAGAACUAUUAAAUGACUUGUCAAGUACUAUCAAGAAGGUGGCAAAAUUCUUUGGAAAAUCUUACAACGAAGAGACGAUUGCGAAGCUAGUUGAUCAUCUUCAAAUAGAUAAUUUUCGAAAUAAUCCUAUGGUAAAUACAGCCUCACCUUCUAAAAACAAAAUAAUACAGUCAAACAUAUUCGUACGACGAGGCAAAGUCGGAGGUUGGAAAGACAUUUUCACAAAAGAACUCGAAGAAAAAUUCGAUGCUUGGAUCAAAGAGAAUAUGAAGGACACAGAUCUCACAUUUCCAAUAGAUUUCCUUCAAGAAAAGUGAAAAGCUUUUGCAAGCAAAUAAACUCUUCCUUUUUUCUUUUUUAUCAUUUUUCUAUCGUGGAAAAAAUUUAUGGAAUUAUCUAAAAUUUAGGGCGUUACCCAAAGCGGAAAUUGAGCUGAGAUCUCGUUCGGUCCGUCCGGAUAUAAUACGAAACGGUCCAAUAAAUCAUUCUGUUCCUCUA